GAAUUUUAUACUUCCUCUUUGAUCUUUUUAUGAUGUAUGCUAUUCAAGGUCUCAAUUGUGUGUAUGCUAGUGCUUCAGUUGUUUCAGGUUACAUGGUAUCAUCUUUUGGUCAAAACCUUACCCAAGAGUAGCUCAACAAUUUACUUUACGUAAAGAUUGUUUGGUUAAUCAUUCAGUCAGUUCUGUGAGUUUUGCGUUUGGGCUGCCAUGUGCUUUUGCCAGCAUAGAAAGUUCAGCAGCGUAUAGUGUACAAUUUUAAACCCUAUACCUACAUUUCUGAGUCCUUUAGAAGCGUGAACCAACCCAUCUCAAAAUGUUUGUGAAGAAUCGAAAAUUCCUGUCUUGCUGUAAUGUAUGGGCAAAAACGUCCUAUUGCAGUAUUUCCGCUUUCUGCUCGAUUCUUAAUACAGCGAAACCAUGGAACAAUGUGAGGUGUUUCUAAGAUUUAUUUUUGUUAAUAAAUAAACGACUUGAAGUCCGACCCAGAUGGGACUCGAACCCACAAUCCCCAGCUCCGGAGGCUGAUGCCUUAUCCAUUAGGCCACUGGGUCGCUAUGAUGGUGGUUUUAAAAGAAUGUCUUUUAAUAACAGUUGCAAUUAACAAUAGUUCUUUUAACAAUUGUAAUUUAAAUUAUGUUUUGACAAUAAAUCCAUUUGUUUCGUGUUGUACCAAUGUUUUUGGGCUAAUAGUAAAGUAGGUAUCUGUAUGACUUUAGCCUGAAGGAGGGAAAUGGGAUGGGUUACAAAUUUAGAUGACGUAUUUUUCGAAUGAUGCAGUCUCGCGAUAGUAGAAGCGUUUCCCUUGACAACGUUUCCGGAGCGUGGUGUGAUUUUUCAAAAGAGGCCAAUGGGAACACGCUUUCACCUGAACUGACCAAUCAGGAGUGGCUGUUGCCGGCAAUUUAAAAAAACCUUUUUUCAUUUUAGACAGUCACACUUUCUAAACUUGGAGAGCUACCUACCUGCAGUGGUAAAAAAAAAAAUAUAUAUAUUAAUCCGAUUGUUCCGCCUGGUAAAUAUGUCUGCUGGAAACGAGAACGCCAUUCGUCUGAACAAAUUUAAGAAUAAAGGAAAGGAUGCAAACGAACUGCGGCGUAGGCGAAUCGAAGUCAACGUGGAACUCCGCAAGGCGAAGAAGGACGAGCAGAUUCUUAAACGGAGGAAUGUCAGCAGUUUUCCGGAUGAGGCGACAUCCCCGCUUCAAGAGAAGAGUCAAAACAAACAGGCUGCCCAGCACUGGACCGUGGAUGAGAUUGUAGCUGGAGUUAACAGCAACAAUCUGGAUCAUCAGUUGCAAGCCACGCAGGCAGCCAGAAAACUGCUGUCUCGAGAGAGGCACCCCCCAAUCGACCAUAUCAUCAGUGCUGGGCUCAUCCCAAAGUUUGUUGGCUUCCUGGGUGUGGCAGGUUGCCCCCCAAUCCAGUUUGAGGCUGCUUGGGCUCUGACCAACAUUGCUUCUGGGACAUCAGACCAGACUAGAGCUGUGGUUGAAGGGGGGGCAGUUCCAGCCUUCAUAAACCUAGUCAGAUCUCCGGAUGUCCAUGUCAGUGAGCAGGCCAUCUGGGCUUUGGGUAACAUUGCUGGCGAUGGCUCAGCCUACAGAGACAAGGUUAUCAAACACGGAGGUGUGGCUGCUCUCCUGUCCCUGCUUACAGUCCCUGAUCUCUCAGUGUUCACGCUUGGGUACCUGAGGAAUGUCACGUGGACGCUGUCGAACCUCUGUCGCAAUAAAAACCCAGCGCCGCCACUGGCUGCAGUUCAGCAGAUCCUCCCCACGCUGGUGCGACUCCUGCACCACAGCGACAAGGAAGUCCUGGCAGAUACCUGCUGGGCCGUGUCCUACCUCACCGACGGGCCGAAUGACCGCAUCGAGGUGGUGCUGCAGACGGGCCUUGUGACACGGCUCGUGCAGUUCCUGGGCUCUGGGGAAAUCUCCAUUAUGACCCCAUCGCUGCGCUCGAUUGGCAACAUUGUGACCGGCACGGACGAACAGACGCAGAUGGUGCUGGAUGCUGGUGCCCUGUCCAUGUUUCACCCCCUGUUACGUCACAACAAGAACAGCAUCCAGAAGGAGGCAGUCUGGACCCUGUCCAAUAUUACCGCUGGAAAGGAUAUGCAGAUCCAGGAGGUCAUCGAUGCUGGCCUGGUCCCGCUCCUUGUAGAUCUCCUGCGACGGGCUGAUUACAAGACUCAGAAGGAGGCAGUCUGGGCAGUAACGAAUUAUACCUGUGGGGGCACUGUUAACCAGAUUGUGUACCUGGUUCAGCAGAAUGUACUGGAACCACUGCUUAACCUGCUGUCCACUAAAGAUGGAAAAACCAUCCUCGUCAUCUUGGAUGCCAUCUCUAACAUCUUCUUGGCAGGCGAAAAAAUCGGAGAGGUCGAAAAGCUGUGUCUAAUGAUCGAGGAAUGCGGUGGACUGGACCGGCUUGAAGCCCUGCAGACCCAUGAAAAUGAGAUGAUCUACAGAGCAGCCCUCAACCUGAUUGAGAAGUAUUUCUCUGGCGAGGAAGAGGAAGACCUGACUGUGGCCCCAGAAACUACAGCUGAAGGCUAUGCAUUUCACAUUUCAGAUGACAAAAGCACUUUCAACUUUUAAAUAUGUGGAUUGCCUGUUUAUUCGCAUUAGUUUGUCUUUUAUUUGUGUCAUAAUUCCCUGUACUGUACAUAAACAGUAACUAAUGUAAAUAAACGAUUAGAAAUUUUCUGUUUA